AUGCAUUUCUUCCCCAAGGCAGACGCUGCCCUUUUGUCGCCAUCAUCAGAAAAGCAGAGCCUGCCCCCCCGACCUACCGACGUCGACCCAAUAUUCGAUGUCGACAAUUUCAAUGUUCCAAUUGCGCCGUGGGCUCCGGACACCGAGUCGUGCUUCUAUCCUUUGAAGAAAGACCCUUACGCUUCAGCUUCGAUACCCAAGAAACCUGCCAGUGCUACAUCUCGAUACCUACGGGCUCAUCUGGCCAAAAAUGAACGGCUGAGAUUGUCUAUGCUAUGGUACUACGGGCGGGAUAUCGGCAACGAAUCUGAGCUCCUGUCAGGGCUUCAAGAAAAAGUCUGUUUAGCACAAGAAUCUACCGGUUGGGAGUUUGCCAUUGUGGGAUUACUUGAUGUCAACGUCUACAUCCGACUUGCAACAGUCGGUGUCCAAGUCUCUAUUCUGCCUCGAGGCGAAACGCUUUGCGCCCACACAGUGACGCAACCACCUGGAAAUGUAUUUCUCCUACCAGAUCUGUUGGAGGAUUGGAGGUUUCGAGAGUCGCCAUAUGUUGAACAAGGCGGGUUAUUAGCAUAUGCAGGUGUCCCGCUUCGAAUGCAGCACGAAUCUGGGGAAUGUGUUGGGCUAGGAUCGUUAUGUGUCGCCUCAGCAACCAGUCAACCGCCCUUGUCUAAGUCGCAGCAACAAACUCUCGCCCGUCUUGCCGAUUGGGUUGUAGCCGACAUUGUGCAGUGCACACGAGCCCGACGCCAACGUGAGCGUCAUCGACUAGCCGAGCUCAUUGCGACUGUUGAAAAUGUGUCCGACGAGCAUGAUUCACAAGACUCCGUGCUCGAAAUACUACGGAUCGCCUAUCCAGAUGAGUCGAUUAGCAUCCAGUCGUCUGGGACUGGUCAGUUCGUCAACAGCCAGUAUUCGGGAUUACCCUCUGAUUUGAACAAUGGGUUAUGGGAAGACACUGCCUACAUCGAUGAGUUCAUUGCAACAUCAAACCAUGAUGAUACCCCUAAAGAUAGAGUUGUUCGGAUUAUUUCUGCCCAAUGCGAAAGCAAGCUGGGUCAUUCUGUGCUUGCUGUAGCUACCAAGGAUUUCCGACGAAUAUUUGACGAUGUCGAUGCUUGGUUUAUACAGUCCUGUGCAUCUAUGAUUACCCAGAUCUGGCAGAGGCGUCUACUAUCAGAAGCAAUCAGAGCAAAAGAAAGAUUCCUUCGUGGAAUAUCGCAUCAGCUUCGAACUCCGAUUCAUGGUAUUCUCGGCGCCGCCGAACUGCUUAACGAGGAUUUAAAGGCAAUCACUAUAUCGGAGAACGCCAAAAUACAGCCAGCGUUAGCGGAGCUUGCAGGAUUUCUCUCUGAUCUCAAAAAGUCAUCCCUCUACCUCGAUACCAUAUCUACAGCAGGCCGAGAGCUUAUGUCAACCGUCAAUAGCAUGAUUACCUUGAAUAGAUGGGCUGAUGUUGCUGUGGCCGAACGACAUUAUGCAUCGCAUGACAUUAGCGAGCUGGAGUUGGAGCUUCUGAAAGGUAUUUCUGACGCAGCGAUAAGGCACACAGGCUCGACGCCUUCAAUCUUUUUUCACUGCGAUCUACCUCGAGACUGUAGGUGCUUGGAAACUGACCUGAGCUUACUUCGGGACAGCGUUCUUCCCCUUGUCAUUAAUGCCAUUCAAAACACAUCCGAGGGCGCUGUAAUAGUCACUUCCUCGAAACAACAGGGGACAGAUGCAUUCGUGAUCGAUGUUGAAGACACGGGCUGUGGCAUUCCGCCAUACGACCAGACCCGCAUCUUUGAGCUCUACGAGAAAGGUGGCGAGCACUCGACAGGCGCUGGACUAGGUUUACCUCUGGCCACCAAGUUUUCGACGCUACUCCACGGCUCUAUCGAGCUAAUAUCAUCACAAGUUGAUCGCGGCUCUCAUUUCAGAGCAACAUUUCGAGAUGUCACUUACGCAGCUUCGGCUGUGCCUUCACACAUGACAGCGUCUUCUCUUAGAUACUUACCGCCGAGAUUCAACCAGCUGGGAGCUGACUUGCCUGACUUGCAUCUAUCUUCAAACUUCGCCAAGCUCUUGAUUCGUAACGGGCUCACCUCUUCGGAGAGCUACCAAGACUGCUUUACAAUCUUCGAAUCCGGCCGUGACUCGAAACAGAAUCACAGCUACAUUUCAGCUGUACCAUCGGAACAAGUCGUCAUCUGUCUGGUCCCAACGUCAGUUGAUUCAGAGUCUCUCGAGUCGCUACCCAAUGUCAUAUAUGCUAGCGGACCCUUCUCGACGUUAAAUCUCAUGGAGACACUUCAAAAAGCCGACAACCUUGCCAUGAUGAUCAAUCCAGCGAAGAGACUUGUCAGGUCUAACACAAACCUGGCCGAGGACUUGACUCAAGAUGGCAUAGCUGUUCAUUCUAACUCUUUAGAUGAGUCUUACUCAACUUCAGACGAGGGAUACAACUCUAUGGAUGGUUCGCCCUCACUCUCUACUAAUGGAGAAUUAGGUCAGACGCUCGAACAUGGCGAUGAGUCAGGCUUAGACAAGAGUGUAGUAUCCAAAUGUCAGUCUGACGAGCCAGCUAUCCGGAGGCACUCUACCAUACCCCCAGCCCUUCCACGAUCAGCUAAACCUCUCACACUCGUUGUGGAUGAUAACACUAUCAACCUCCGCAUUUUGCAGAUGUAUUGCAAGAAGCGAGGACUAUCAUGCCUCAGUGCGGCUGACGGCAAGCAAGCUGUUGAGAUAUUCUCAAAGCGACAAGCAUCACACGCUGUUGGUGAUGGUGCUCCCAUUGAGCUGAUUCUCAUGGACUUACAGAUGCCAGUAUGUAAUGGCAUUGAAGCCGCACAGGAGAUACGUUCUUUGGAGAAGCAAAAUGGAUGGAACUCAAGUAUUCUAUUCAUGGUGACUGGGCAAGACAGUGAAAUGGAUAGAGAAGCCGCGAGUGCCGCCGGUGCUGAUGACUAUCUGGUGAAACCUAUUGGAAUGAGAUUCUUGGAUUCUGGCUUAAAGAGAUAUUUCCCAGCCUUUAAGAACUAA